AUGUUGUUCUGUACUCUUCUAAUUCUGUUUUGUGGAGUGUCGGUUAGGAAUGUUGCGGAAGCAGUUACCGCUGCCGAGAUGCGCACGCAUCUAAGCACCACACUGUCAUCGUCGUAUUACACAUACGUCCGGCCAGUACUUGAUCAGUCAGCCGUUGUCGAUGUGACGGCAGACUUGUAUCUGAUUGGAAUAAAUAGUUUCGAUAACUCUGAGCAAAAACUGACAACAACUGCAUACCUGGAAAUAACAUGGACGGAUGAAAUCAUAGCUGCUAACUGGAGUGACACAAAUGUGGACACUAUUUAUGUACCUCAGACAGAUGUAUGGAUCCCCGAUUUGGCACUGCAAAAUGGGUUCAAAACACUAUCAGGCCUUGGGGAUAAGUUUUUAUAUCUCAAAGCAGAAAAGUCCGGCACAGUUACGUGGCGUCCGUAUCAGGUGUUCGAAAGUGCGUGUGAAGUUGACGUAACGUUCUUUCCAUUUGAUAAAACAAGAUGUGAAUUAAAAUUCGUCAUUUGGAGCAACACGAAAGACAGCGCGACCAUUAAAACUGGAUCUGUAGGACUAAAUACGGAGCUGUAUGAAGCCAACUCUGCAUGGAACUUACUGACUGCGACCUCGGCUGACUUCACAACGUCCAAGUCGACUGGCGUCACUUUUACCAUAGAAAUUAAACGAAAGCCUUUACAUUACCUGAUCAACAUUAUGGUUCCUGUAAUCCUGCUUGGUGUCUUAAAUGCUUUCGUUUUCGUUCUUCCAGCAAGUUCCGGUGAGAAGACUGGUUUCUCUGUCACAGCGUUCUUGUCCUUCGCAGUUUUUCUAACUAUCAUAAGUACGGAGCUUCCAAGAAAUUCUACGACUGUGUCAACAUUCAGCGCAUAUCUUGUUAUUAUGACACUGACAAGCACAGUAAUGGUUGUUCUCACGAUAGUACAGCUUCGGAUCUUCAACCGCGCAGACGACAAGCCGAUUUCCCGCUACUGGAAUGGUAUCGUCAGCUGCGUUCGGCGGGUACAGUGCGCGAUAUGCGUUGGAAGUGGUCACGUGGCUGUUGAGAAGGUUAACAAUGAAGUAUCCUGGCAAAGCGUGACACAUGCGGUCGAUUUCGUUGGAUUCUGGGGUUUUAUGGUGUUCAUGAUAGUAUUCACUCUUACUAUUUUGUUAGUCUCAACGAUUGGCGGCAAUACUUAG